CGGAGAACCCCAGGAGAGGAGUGACAACCCCAGGCGAGAAGAGCAGGGCGGACUAGAAAGGCCCGGCUGGUCCUCUCGGCCUCCCUGGUCGUUUUGUGGGGGGUCUGAGUUGCCAUUUAUAGUUGGUAUAUAUUUCAACGGAUUUCCUACAGAAUAUUGAAAUGGCUUCCCUGACAGGCACUGCGAUUGGUCGAAGUAUCCCUGUCGAAGUCGAUGAAAGUGGAGACUGGUCACCAUUUCCAGAACGUUCACUGGAAGAGACUUUGGACCCUUCUGGUGAAAAUAUAGACAACCUGGUGCCUUUAGGACCUUAUCGAUCUCAAACAUUUUCUCACUCAAUGGCUGGGCAAUGGUUUUUCUACCGUCAACCUAAUCGUGUUGACUGCAAUAAUGCUGUGCUGGAUCUGUAUGAACAUAAUCGGCUGCAAAAACACCAGGAUUCUAGACUGGGGAUACCUCCAGACCCAUCUGAUGGAUCAGGACCCUCGUCAGAACAUAAUCUUUCAUCUGGGGAUAAAACAAACCAACCUUUGAGGUGUCAGCCAUCAGCUGCUUCUCCUGACACUGGACACAAUUCUGGCAGUGAGCACAGAGGUUUAUCUGACAUUUCCCAACAUUUGCUUGGUGAAAGGCAGGAUAAUGCAAGAUCAAGCCAGCCCCAGGAUAAUAGAGCACCACUUGACCUACAAACAGGAGAUGCAGGAUAUAAUUCUCAGUCUUUGGAUGUUAUGCACAUCAGACAAUUAGAACCUCCAUUGCCACUUACAUCCAUCUUUAACCUGCAGGACCUUCCAAGGCACCUGAUGUCCAGAGAGUUUCCACAGAUGGACCCUCAACGAUAUCCUGUCCGUCCACAAAUACCCCAUCCUAAUGCUUUCCCACAAGCUCAGUGUCAUCCUAGAUGCUACAUUCCUGGUGCAAGAUACUGCCAGAAUCCAUAUGAGCAAACUCCAUACCAACAGUUUGCACACCCACCUCAACUACACCUUCCUGUUCCUAGCCCAGGUGUAAGAAUCCUCCAUCCUGCUCAGCAAGUAAUCCCAAAUUAUUCCAGUUCUUAUCCCCCCAAAUGUAAUGAAGAAAGGUUCUCCCCAAGAGACAUCUCUUCUGCAGAACUCCAGAGAUUCUAUGGGCAGUUUCAGAAUCGGCUACUUGAUGGAGGAGCAUCAUCAGAGGUCUACAAUGAAAAUGAGGAUAUAUAUAGGGGCCCUCCAGAUGCCAGGGCUCAGGCUAACAAUGCAGUGAGACCAGCUGCCAUACCAAGACCUCUGAGUAAUUUUGCAGUCAGGGGAACAUUGAGGACAAGUAAUUUGCCAGAUGAACUGCGUAAAGUCUUUAUAACCUAUUCUGUGGACACAGCUGAGCAGGUCAUGAGACUUGUGAACUUCUUGUUUGUAAAUGGAUUUCAUACUGCAAUCGAUAUAUUUGAGGACGCAAUUCGAGGUAUUGACAUUAUCAAAUGGAUGGAACGUUACCUAAGUGAUAAGACAGUGAUGAUAAUCAUAGCAAUCAGUCCAAAAUACAAACAGGAUGUUGAAGGGGCUGAAUCCCAGCUGGACAAGGAUGAACAUGGUUUACAUACUAAGUAUAUCCACAGGAUGAUGCAGAUUGAGUUUAUACAGCAAGGAAGCAUGAACUUUAGAUUCAUUCCUGUGCUUUUUCCAAAUGCAAAAAAGGAACAUGUACCUACCUGGCUUCAGAACACUCAUAUCUACAAUUGGCCCCGUAAUAAAAAGAACAUUCUGUUGCGGUUGCUGAGAGAAGAGGAAUACGUUGCUCCUCCAAUAGGACCUUUGCCCACUCUCCAGGUUGUGCCAUUAUGAAUGUACAUUAAAGUGCCUAUGCAGCCAUUGUUGUAUGACUCCGUUGGGCAGACAGCCAGGAUUUUCCUGGCUGCUUCUUCUGGGUGAUGAAAAGCAUGUGCAGUCUCUCUCCUGUCCUCCCCCUGCUAACAGAAUUGUCUUGGGGUAAAGCAAGCCCAUGUGUUUUCUUUUAUCCUGAACGUUUCCUUCUGCAUUGAUGAGGCACAGUGAUUCUCACUCAACGUUUAAACAAACUGCAAAUGGAAAGAAUGUCCCACCGUUUUGUCUUGUGUUUAAAGCAACUUACUUUCUAAGGCUGCGGAAGAGCAAGUAAAUAUUGUAAACGAUGCUGAAAUAAGCAAAACAAUUGUAUCCCCAUGCUUGCUCAGGAUUCCUUUUGUUGUCAGUCAGAUGUUAUUGCAUUGUACAAUGGUCUCCCACAGUCAUUUCAUGUACACAAUAAAAAACUGUCUUUCCUACAGAUUGCCAUCUUUAUCACUGUAGAGAAAAAGAUGAGGGUUUAAUACUUUCAUUGUGAAUAAACAGGCAUGAAACCAAAGGUUAUUAUUUG